UCAACAUGGCGGCUGUUCUGGUUCAGGACUGRCSGACAAAACAACUCAAAAACAACGCUUUUCUUUACGAAAUGACGCCUUUUUACACCUUAAAUGAGAAUAUUCUUAUAUUCAGUCCCUAGUCUAGUUAUCUGAAGAGUUACAUCACCAGAGGAUGGCCGGCUGGGGUGGAUUUUCAGAGGAAGAUCUUCAUCGGUUGAAGAAAGAUCAGGUCACAGAGCCUCUAGGGAAAGAACAAGCCGAGGAAAAACCUGGAAAUAUUAGGAAAGCUAAUAUAAAUCCAGGUCCUAAAAGAACAAAACCAAGAGAAAAGAUAAAGACUAGAGCUGCGGCUUCUAAAAAGAACUCCAAUGAGAAGCCAAGCGCAAAUGAAACUCAAUGUCUGAAGGAAAAUAGUGGUGAAACUAUAGAGAAAUUUGCAAAGUUGGAAGUCGAAAAUUCGACUCCAGAGUUUGAAAGAAAUAUGGUUGACACUAAAGUGGAAGAAAGCUCAAAAACUCAAAAGGAAGUGGAUGUAGGAAAUGUUAAUGGUAGUGCAGAAAAUUUUCCCGAUAUAAUUUUAGAGCCUGAAAGAAUACAGGCUAUUGAAUUGUCUGCUCUGCAAAAGAUGCAGCAAAAACAAAAGGAAAUUGAAGACCAGAAUAAACUGAAGAAAGCAGCUAUCCAAGAAACAAUAAAAACAAGGUAUUACAAAUUGACCGAGGUCCAAUAGCCCACCUCUGAGAUAUGCUUUGAUUGUCACGCACGAAGAUUUCAGUAUGAGGCUACAUGCUANAA